AUGAAUAAGGGUCCAGUGAAAACGUACUCCACUAUAGAGGAAAUUCUCGAAGUCAUGCGUGAGUUGAGUGACGAAGAACAUGAAGCUGAAGAUAACUUGGAGGUCAUUGAGAAUUCUGAUGACUCCGAUGAAGACCCUACUUACGACCCUGAAGAAGAAGAGGUAAUUGAAGAGAAAAUUCUUGAAGAAGUUCGGAAAGAUUGUCCUCAUCCAGAAAAAAAGAAAAGGACGACGACUCCGCAAAUCACCGUAGCUCAUGGAACAAGCAAGUUAGUAAAUAAAUAUAUUGUUACACCAAAAGAAAAUGAAUUCGUUGGGAAAAAUGGUAUGAAAUGGUCAGUACAAACGAAUGAUUCAAAAGCUAAAGCUCCAGCUCGAAAUAUUGUGCAUGUAAGACCAGGUCCAUGUAAAAUGUUCGAACCAGAUUUAUUGCAAUGUUUUCAAACAUUUUUUUCUAAAAGCAUAAUAGAUGAAAUUAUAUUGAGGACAAACCAAGAAAUCGAAAGACAAAGACUGAAAUACAAAACUUCUAACAGUACUCUAUCAAAUAUAACUAAUAUUGAACUUGAUGCAUUCUUUGGACUUCUUAUAUUAUCUGCGGUGUUAAAAGAUAACCAUUUGUCAACGGACCUGUUAUUUAACACUGAAUACAGCGGAAAUAAAUAUAGAGCUACAAUGUCAAAAGAAAGAUUAAAUUUCAUUGUAAAUUGCCUGCGCUUUGACGAUUUGGAUUCGAGAAUGGAACGAAGGAAUGAAUCCAAAUUUGCACCAAUUAAGUCGAUUUGGGAAAUGUUUAUAAGUAAUUGCAAAAGUAAUUAUAAACCGAGCUCUUACUGUACAAUAGAUGAACAGUUGGUAGGAUUUAGAGGUCGCUGCCCGUUUCGCGUGUAUAUGAGUAAUAAGCCAAAUAAAUAUGGCAUAAAAAUCAUGAUGCUAUGUGACAACAGCACCAAAUAUAUGGUAGAUGCUAUUCCAUAUCUUGGAAAAGACAGUGAAACUACUAGAGGGAAUGUCCCUGGCUAUUAUGUGGAAAAGUUAGUCGAGACCAUCAAGUCCUCCAAUAGAAACUUAGCUAUGGACAACUGGUUCAUGAGCAUCCCACUGGCUCAAAAGCUGUUGAAUGAAUAUAAACUAACGGUUAUUGGAACCAUCAGAAAAAACAAAAGGGAACUACCGGAGGAAUUUGUAGACAUAAAGUUUGAAAAAAGGGGUGUUAAUUCUUCCUUCUUUCUAAGCCAUGACAAUGUAACAAUCGUUUCUUAUAAGCCAAAAGCAAAUAAGUUGGUCACCUUGAUAUCUACAAUGCAUCAUGGAGCUUCUCUUAGAGAAACUUCUUGUAAACCUGAAAUGAUUCAUACUUACAAUGAAACAAAGGGUGCAGUUGACACAUUUGACCAAAUGUGUCAAAAUAUGAAUUGCGGAAGGAAGACGAGACGAUGGCCGUUAUGUAUUUUUUUUAACAUGGUGAAUCUUGCGUGCAUCAAUUCGUAUGUUGUCUACGCUCAUAACUUUUACAGACAAAACAACAAUAAUGAGAAACCUUUGACAAGGGUUGAAUUCAUGCUACAACUGCACGAGCUGCGAGCGAAACCUUGGCAGCUACUAAGAUUAACAAUUCCAACAAUUUCAAAUGAGCUGAGAUUGGUUAUCAGACAAACUUUAAAAUUAGACGAUCGCUCUAUAGAGCAACAGGUGGAAGAAACGAAAAAUAUUGGAAAAUCACAAUAA